UUUAUGAAGAAAUAAAGGCUAAAAUUUCUGGAAUGAAUAUAGAAGAUGACUUAUUUCCAGGAUGCACUAUCGCAAGUUCUGUCCAAUAUCCACCGUCCAAUUAUGAGCCUAUACUACAAUUGAAAUCUUG